AUGGAGAAAACUGUCGCCCUCCCACAGUAUGACUCCCCUCCGUUGGCGCUCGAGCGCUCCUCGUGGAAACGGCGCGUCCUCGGCAUCGCCACCGCUGGCCUGAUGGCGUGCUACGGGCUCGCUCGGUAUACCGGUGCACUCCGUCAUACCUGUCACGACCCCGUCGAGGAGGUGCUGCGUCUGCAGCCAUUGACAGACGGCCACAAUGACUUCCCCGAAUUCAUCCGUUCGUUCUACCACAAUCAUAUCUACCAGAGCAACUUCUCUGAUCAGAUCGAGCUGCCCUACCAUGUCGACUUUCCGCGUCUAGCUAAAGGUGGCGUUCGAGGGCAGUUUUGGAGUGUCUAUGUAGCAUGUCACGACUCGCCCCCGGAACCCGACUACGAGCACGUCCACGACACCCUCCAGCAAAUCGACCUUGUCCACCGUCUGGCCGCUCUCUACCCCCAGCACCUCGAGAUCGUCCCCGACACCUCCGCCUUCCGCCACACCUUCGAGACCUCGUCCAAAAUCGCCUCCUUCCUCGGCGUCGAGGGCCUCCACCAAAUCGGGUCCAGCGCAUCCACCCUCCGCCUCUACCACGCCCUCGGCGCGCGCUACGUGACUCUCACGCACAUGUGUCACAAUGAGUACGCAGACAGCGCGACACCAGCUCAACCCCGGCACAACGGUCUCUCGCCCCGUGGCCGCGACAUGGUCCUCGAAAUGAACAGGCUCGGCAUGGCCGUCGACAUCUCGCACGUCAGCGCAAAAACAAUGCACGACGCCCUCGACACCUCCAAAGCCCCCGUGAUCUUCUCGCAUUCCUCCGUCUACGCCCUCUGCCCGCAUGAGCGCAAUGUCCCCGACGACGUCCUCCUCCGUCUUGCGGCAAACGGCGGCGUCAUCAUGAUUACCUUUCUCGACGAGUAUACGCGCUGCGAUGACCCUACGGCUGCGACGCUUGCCGAUGUAGCGGAUCACAUCCAGUAUGUUGGCGAUUUGAUUGGGUAUAAGUAUGUUGGUCUUGGCUCGGACUUUGAUGGCAUGGAGCGGACGAUCAAGGGCUUGGAGGAUGUGAGCAAGUACCCGGAUUUGAUCCGGGAGUUGUUGAGGCGGGGUGUUAGUGUGCAGGAUGCGGCGGGUGUUGUUGGCGGGAAUGUGCUUAGGGUUAUGGGUGAGAUUGAGCGUGUUGCGCGGGAGAUGGCGGAGGAGGGGGUGACGCCGCUGGAGGAUGAGGUGUAA